GCUGCGAGUCUUCGUGUUAACAUUACCUGUAACACAGGAAAAACAACUUAUAGUGUCGUGGCAUGGAAAACUGUCCUCACCUGAGUUUACUCAAUACAAUCAUGGGUUCCUUUUGUAGCUGGGUCUGGGCGUACCGGAAUUAUUUGAUCAUCUUCCUCAUCCCACUUUUGCUGUUGCCACUGCCUCUGGCAAUUCCAACAAAGGAGGCGUACUGCGGGUACGCCAUCGGCCUCAUGGCUCUGUACUGGUGCACUGAGGCUCUCCCCCUGGCUGUCACCGCACUCCUGCCCGUCGUGCUCUUUCCAAUGAUGGGCAUCAUGGAAUCGGGAGAUGUGUGUAUGCAGUACCUGAAGGACACCAACAUGCUGUUUCUGGGGGGCCUGCUGGUGGCCAUCGGUGUGGAGCAGUGGAACCUGCACAAGCGCAUUGCCCUGCGAGUGCUGACCAUCGUGGGAGUCAAACCGGCUCUGCUGAUGAUGGGCUUCAUGGGGACCACAGCCUUCCUGUCCAUGUGGAUCAGCAACACGGCCACCACUGCCAUGAUGGUGCCCAUCGCCCAGGCCGUGCUGGAGCAGCUGGACUCCAGCGAGGCUGAGGCUGACCAGCUAGAGAUCGACAACAGCCAGAUAAACAGCGGCUACGAGCCCGACGAGAAACCGGCGAAGAGCGAGGAGGCGAAAGACAGACCCGGCAAUGGCCACGUGAUGAGCAUUGAGGAGGGAGAGGGUUUGGCAGAAGAGAGGAGACAGAUUCGCAAGGAGAAGUACAUCAACCUGUCCAAAGGGAUGAGCCUGAGUGUGUGCUACGCAGCCAGCAUCGGGGGCACUGCCACCCUAACAGGCACCACGCCAAACCUCAUCCUCAAGGGACAGAUCGACGAGCUCUUCCCAGCUAACGGAGACGUGGUCAACUUUGCCACCUGGUUUGGAUUCGCCUUCCCCAAUAUGAUGCUCAUGCUGGUUCUGGCUUGGUUCUGGCUGCAGUUCAUGUUUAUGGGCUUCAACUUCAAGGAGACGUUUGGCUGCGGAGGGCAAGUUUCGGAGAAGGACCGUCAAGCCAGCCAGGUGAUCAAGGACGAGCUCAAGAAGCUGGGCUCCAUGACCUUCGCUGAGGGAGGCAUCCUCACCGUGUUCGUGCUGCUGGUGGUGCUGUGGUUCACUCGCGAGCCGGGCUUCAUGCCAGGCUGGGCCACCGUCCUCUUCAACAAGGACGGCAAGCAGUUUGUGACGGACGGGACGGUGGCUAUCUUCAUGGCUCUGGUGCUGUUUGUUAUCCCCUCCAAACUGCCAAGUUGUUUCUGUUCGGGAGGCGGAAGAGAGGGAGAGGAGAGCCAGAAGAUAAAGGCCCCGAAGGCUCUGCUGGACUGGGAUACGGUUCACCAGAAGAUGCCCUGGAACAUCUUGCUGCUCCUGGGAGGAGGGUUUGCCCUGGCUAAGGGCAGCGAGGCGUCUGGUUUGUCUGUGUGGAUGGGUCACGAGCUGGCGCCCCUGCAAAGUAUCCCUCCCGCUGCCAUUGCUGUGCUGCUCUGCCUCCUAGUGGCCACCUUCACAGAGUGCUCCAGCAACGUGGCCACCACCACCCUCUUCCUGCCCAUUCUGGCAUCCAUGGCCCAGGAGAUUGAACUCCACCCUCUGUACAUCAUGCUGCCCUGCACACUCUGCGCCUCCCUGGCCUUCAUGCUUCCUGUCGCCACCCCUCCCAACGCCAUCGUCUUCUCAUACGGGAAUCUGAAAGUCGUGGACAUGGCGAAAACUGGAUUCAUGCUGAACAUUAUAGGCGUGCUGUCCAUCACACUGGCCCUCAACACCUGGGGAACGGUCAUAUUCCAGCUGGACACAUUCCCAUCGUGGGCAAACACCACCAGAGGCCCUCCCUAAACCCACAGACAGCGAGAGAGGAGACGGGACGGGACCCUGAGCUCAGCUCUGACCUCCACAGUCAUCAUCACUGUGGGCGAGGGGCAGAGCACUGGACAUGGAGGGAGUUAGCACUCUGACAUUCUCACAACUGGCUUUUAUAUGUGUUGAAAAAUGUCUUUCUGUUCAACUCCACUUUGCUCUAUCCAGCUGUCAUCCCCACCAUCUGGCUUUUAAAAGAGAGCUAAAGUAAGAGAGAAAUAGAGCAAUUAAACAGGUCCUUUUAAUUGUUUAGAAGAUGGGCUUACCCACUUUCCUUGACUGUAAAAUGGUCUGUCUUUGCACAGACUACAAUCUUUUUUUCUGUUUAUUUUUUAUUAUACAUUGUGUAGAUGUGUGUUGUGUUGAUCCUGAAAAAAAGACACAAAAACUGUAGCAGUAAACAAAGAGGAGCAUUGCUUUUUAAUGUCAUCUAAAGUCUUUUAAGUGAGUCGCUCAAAUGUUGCACUUUUUAAUGUCACUAUAUCCAACACUCCAAGCAAGAUUAAUAAUAGCACAUGCUGCAGUCUCAAGUUUAAUGUAUUCCUUUGAAAGUCCCACUCUGUGUUAAUUUGUAUUUUUCCCCAAAUCAAAUAUUGCUUGACAUUAGUUCCAUUGAUUUGCAUUAAUUUAUUUUUCUACAAAAUACCUCAUUGUAUCACCAUAAACCCAUUGGUCCUGCCGAAAGCUAAUUCAGUUUCAUUUAUAUAUAUUUUUGGAUGUGUCUUCGAAGGACUGGGCUGUUUUAUUUAAGAUAAACUCUUCUGUUAUUUUGUAAUAAUAUUUUUUUUUGGUUUCAUUUAACUUUUGAAAAGUGAUCUGUUCUUACUGUUGAGUUUUUUUUUUUUUUUUUUUUGUAAAUGCAAAAGCACAAAAAACUGUAGUUACAGGAAGUGUGAUCACAGCAUGGAUUUUCUGACCUGGCUAAAUGAAACCAGUCAUGCCUUUAAUACCCGCGCACAUACUGGUCAAGCUGUCGUUAAGCUAAAGCCGCAGAGGAUUUGAUCCCGCCUGUUCCGUUUUAUUAUAAAAUUGAAAUAAAGGAUUUGCUUUAGCGCAGCUGGUCGGCUCGUGGGAUUCCCAAGUUUACUCAAAGCCUUGAGCCUCUGGACACAGUUAAUGGUUUGUUAUAGAAUGUAAUCUACCGUCCUUUCAUUUAUUAAGAAAUAUUGAAAUAAAUGUUCAGUACUAUCACA